AUGUAGUAAAUAAAAGUGAUUAAGCAAAAUAAGGAUAGCAAAUUAUAAAUCAUUAACAAUGACGAGUUCAAUCUAUUUAAAGUAAUCUCUUAAAUAUUUAUUUAUAGAUCUUUUAAAAUCUGAGUGACAAUAAUAAUAUUAUCAAUUGUACUAGUCUUAUGAGUUAUAUGAAAAACAAUAAAGUGUAAUUUAACGGCUUUGAUUUUGAUUUACUCACUUUUGCUAUCUUUGGAAAGAAAUGUAACAUAAGUUUCGAUCAAUUUAAAGAUUGUUCUUUAUUUUCAAUUAACAUUUCAAAUGAAUAAUAUAUUAAAUCAAGAGAGAUACAAGAAGAAAAAUAGAUGACUCAUUCUUACAUCAUUAAUCUUAGCAAAUCUAUAAUCCAAUAAUAAUAAUUAAUUCCAAUAAGUGAAGCAAGUAGCAUAAUUGAAUUCAAAGCUUCAGAAAUUAAACCUAAAACAAAAAGAUAUUAAGAAUAAACUAAUGUACCAAAACCAUAUUGA